GGCAGCGGGGAUCCUCUGCGGGCUGCCCGCCGCCGUCAGUCGCUGCCGGCCGUGCGAGAGGGACGGAAGCCCCGCAGGGUCUGUGCGUGCGGGGGCGCGAAGCGUUCCCAACUCUSCCGCUGCCGGCGCCGCUCUCUCUCCCUCUCUCGCCGCUGCUGCUGUGCCCCUCUCCCCUCGGCCGCGGGCCCUCUCCCCGGUUAUGUAAGCCCCGACCCCCGCCCUGCCCGCCGGGAGCGCUGGCGGGGCCCGGGCAGUGCCCGUUCGCUGCCCGCCCUCGGGGCGCGUCGGCACGGGAAGAAGCUGAGGGAGAAAUCGGAGCUCCUGGCCAGCCCGGCUGGCGCCAGCAGCCAAGCUUUGCUUUUCAGUGGGUAUAUUUUGUCUUAAAAGAACAUUGGUGUUUGUUUCCGUAGGAGAAGUGGGGAGGAAUCCCGAAAUCCUGGAAGUGCACUGAAAGAAAACGGGGCAGUACUUAAAAGCUUGACAAAUGCAUCCCAGGUUGAAAAAUUUCUGCAUUCCUUCUCCUCUUCCUCCUUUAGAAAACUGACUUCUUUAAAGAGGUAAGAGAGAAGCAAAAGAAGUAAGAAAAUGCUGGGAUCAGAACGUGGUGUUGUGGAAGAAUGGCUGUCAGAAUUCAAGGCAUUACCUGAAUCMCAAAUUUCCAGCUAUGCAGCUACAUUGCACCGAAAAAAACCAUUGGUACCAGCUCUUUAUAAGGUUAUUCAAGACCCAAAUAAUGAGCUCCUGGAGCCUGUUUGCCACCAGCUCUUUGAACUUUAUCGUAGUUCUGAAGUUCGGCUCAAGMGAUUCACGCUGCAGUUUUUGCCAGAGUUGAUCUGGGUUUAUCUGCGUCUCACUGCCAGCAGGGACAGGCAGAGUAAUGGUUGCAUUGAAGCAUUGCUGCUUGGCAUUUACAACCUGGAAAUUGCUGACAAAGAUGGAAACAACAAAGUUUUGUCUUUCACCAUMCCUUCAUUAUCUAAACCCUCAAUAUAUCAUGAGCCCUCUACCAUUGGAUCCAUGGCUUUAACUGAAGGAGCAUUAAGUCAGCAUGACCUUAUCAGAGUAGUUUACAGUGAUCUUCAUCCUCAAAGAGAAACCUUCACRGCACAGAACCGGUUUGAGGUGCUGAGCUUUCUUAUGCUGUGCUACAAUUCAGCUAUUGUCUACAUGCCUGCUUCUUCUUACCAGUCACUUUGUACGAUGGGUUCCAGGCUGUGUGUGAGUGGAUUUCCACGGCAGCAUGAGAAACCCUGGAAAGAACACUGUGGUAGAGUGGUGUUAGACCCUGACUUCAUGGUGCAGCUGCUCACAGGUGUCUAUUAUGCCAUAUAUAAUGGUCAGUGGGAACUUGGCCAGGAGGUAUUGGAGGACAUAAUUUACAGAGCACAGCUUGAACUCUACUCACAGCCCCUGCUGGUUGCAAAUGCCAUGAAGAAUUCGCUGCCCUUUGAUGCUCCUGAUGCAUCACARGAAGGCCAGAAGGUACUGAAAGUAGAAGUCACUCCAACAGUUCCAAGAAUUUCUCGGAGUGCUAUUACAACAGCUUCUAUCCGUCGUCAUCGCUGGAGAAGAGAAGGUACUAAAGCACGGAAGGACAAGGCUCAGCUGAGUGUCAGUGUGAAGAGAUUUGUGAAGAAACUUGAGGAUAUUUCAGAUAAUGAAGCUCAGGAGAUCCUGGAAGAGAAGAAUUAUGUUGCUGCUCUUGGAAUAUGUGCCCAAGAUCCAGUGGGAAAUGGCRCAAAURURAGUGGUGGUGAAGUUUACUCAUUCCAGACUCCCAAACGYUCCAGUAAAAUGGCAGAACUGGCCUCUGAAUUAGCCCAGACACCAGAAAAGGAUGUGGUACCUGAUCAUUCCAAGUGUCCUGAGAAGAUGGCCAAAACCCCUCAAAGCAGCAAACAUUCAAGUUCAAACAAAGUGCAGCAGAGGAGCAAAAAGAAAGAAUUUUUGUCCACCACCCCUUACAGACUCAGAAAGAGAUUAGCAGCUCCAGAUCCCUGUUUAGAAAGUGAGAGUGAGUAUUCUGCUUCCUGCUCAGAGGAGGAGGAUGAGGAAGAUCAGAAAGAAGUCAGCACUGCUUUAUCAGGUCAGAAGACUCCAGGGCAAACUAAGGCUGCAUCUACACCUCCUCCUAGAAACAGCCUAGCCAAAAAAAAUAAGGAGGAAAAGAUGGGCAACCUGGUGGAGGAGUACUUUGAAGCUCACAGUAGUUCCAAAGUGCUCACUUCAGACCGAACACUGCAGAAGUUGCGGAAAAGAAGAUUGGAUCAGCAAACACUGCAUGAUCUUUUGAAAAAAGCUCCCCUUGCCUAUGCUGCUGAAAUUAGAGACCUUAACAAGCAACAUGAAUCCUUGUUUUCCAAAUGGAUGUUGCAAUUACACUUGGGUUUCAAUAUUGUGCUUUAUGGACUGGGCUCAAAGCGUGAUCUGUUGGAGAAGUUUCGUACAUCWCUGCUCCAGGAUUCUGUUCACUUGGUGGUUAACGGAUACUUCCCCAGCAUCACUGUGARAUCUAUUCUCAACUCCAUCACAGAGGAGGUGUUGGACUAUAUAGGGACCUUCCGCAGCCCCCGUGACCAACUUGAAUUCAUUAUUAAAAGGUUUAAAGAAGAUUCAUCUUUAGAGCUCUAUGUCCUCAUUCAUAACCUGGACAGCCAGAUGUUGAGAGGAGAAAGAAGUCAGCAGAUCCUUGCACAGUUAUCCUCCCUGCCUAGCAUUUACCUCAUUGCCUCUAUCGAUCACAUCAAUGCUCCUCUCAUGUGGGAUCAAGCAAAGCUGAGCCUCUAUAACUGGCUUUGGUAUGAAACAACCACGUUUAGUCCUUAUGUGGAAGAAACAUCUUAUGAGAACUCGCUUUUAGUACAACAGUCUGGAUCUUUGGCUUUGAGCUCCCUAAUGCAUGUCCUGCAUAGUCUCACUCUCAAUGCCAGGGGAAUAUUUAGACUGCUUGCUCAGCAUCAGCUGGAGAAGAAGGACAAUCCAUCUUACCCAGGSCUGUCUUUCCAAGACUUUUACCAGCAGUGUCGAGAGGCUUUCCUUGUGAACAGUGACCUGACACUCAGGGCACAGCUGACAGAAUUCAGGGACCACAAGCUCAUCCGAACCAAGCGGGGAGCUGAUGGUGUGGAAUACUUACUGAUUCCUGUCGAUGACAGUACGUUGACCCACUUCUUAGAGAAAGAGAAUGAAGAUGUGUAACAUCUCUGUCCUCAGUGUCUACAGCAAUUGCUUUUAAUGGCUGCUGAUCUCUCUUUCUCCAACCUCACAGCUGCUGCACUGAGAAGUAAUAAUUCCAACAAAUUUUACUCGUUCAACUACUUCAGGUAGUUUGGAAUGAUGACUUCUGUAAUCAAGGCCUCUCUUGCACUGUUGUUGGAUUUGUUCUGCUUUAUCUCUUAGCUCAGAUAAUGCCUUCUUCUAUCUGUGCAAUCAACCUUACAGCCAGAAAAACAAACUCAGUGAGACUGUGCCUUCUGCUCACUACCUCAGCAGACAUGAGGGUUUUUUUGGAGCAAUUUAAUUGGGAAGUGCAAAUCACAAGAUGGUCAAGAGCUUUAGUUUGUACUAGUGGUGCAACUUUCCUCAACUGAGUGCUUUCCAGUACUCCUUUACCAUUUAGACAAAACUAGCUUCCAGUAUAUGAAGCCAAGAUUUAUAAUGCUUCAAGACCUGCCUUGACUGCAUGUGGAAAGAAUACUAGUGGGUUUGGGAUGCUGUGGGUAACUUCGUAAAUUCUGGCAAUAAAACUGAAGGACUUGCCCCAAACGCACAUUCUUUUAUGAGUUUUAGAUAAUCAAAAUUGUAAUGGACUCAAGUCAUUGCCUGCUACUUUCCAAGGUGCAAUCCAGGAAUAUGAAGAGGCUGUGAAGCUUUUUUGUUUAUUUUUGUAAAGCUCAAUUAUAUAUUUGUAUUUUUUACAUCAGGAGUGUCCACUGAUUCUGGAGGAAGCCUUAAAUGCCACUUAAAAGUUCUCCCUCUUUUAAGCCCCUUAGAGGUUGGGAGACUGCUGAAGUUUGACAUAUUUUCUUCCAUUUUUUUUUUUCUCAGUUAUGUGGGAGGAAGCUCUAUAGUUCCAUCAACUUAGUCUGCCAGCCAGACUUCAGGGACUCUGAAUGUUUAAUAUUUGGUAGCUGUGUUACAGCUCAGUGUUGUAAUAGUUCAAAUCAAUCAAAUAAAGUACUUUAUUAAUUUUCA